AUACCCAGGACGCGACUUCUUUUGAAGAGGGUGGAGCUUUGGAGUAAACCCCAGGAGGCCAAACCCACACAGAAAAAUAGGAGCCUAGACAAGAAUCAAGACCAAGGAAAGAGAAUUGUGAAACAUGGAAGACAGUACAACAGACACUGAACAAGAAGAGGAAGACGAAGAUGAAAAGGCUAAAGAAGAUCCCAUUUAUGCCAUAGCACCCACAGUUAACAUCCAAGAUGAGCGGCUUGUUGAUUUAUCUACAACUCCAGCCUUCAUUUGUCUGCAUGAGUUGCAUGCUAUGGGAAAGCUUCCUGGAACCAGAAUGGUUGAGUUGAAAGCUAAGUACACCUUGCUGCAUGACACUGUGAUAAGCACACAAGAGUCAGAGAUCCAGCUACUGCAGGAUGCCAAGCGCUACACUGAGCAAAUACAACAGCAGCAGUUCCACCUACAGCAAGCUGAUGACUUUCCAGAGGCUUUCACCACUGAGGUCUCCAAAAUGAGAGAACAACUUCUUAAGUACCAAAAUGAAUAUAAUGCAGCAAAAGAAAGAGAGUCCCACAACCAGUACAGAUUAAAUAGCUUACAGGAAGAAAAAAGCCUCAUACUGAAGGAAUUCGAGAAGAUACCUAAGCCAGGAGAAAUGGAGAAGAAGAUGAGAAUAUUGAAAGAUAGCAUUGAAGAAUUACGUAAGGAAACAAUGCAGAAGAAAUUAGAAAUAAAAAAUUUACGGGAAGAUUUAGUAUCUAAGCAAAAGCAGACACUAAAGGAACAGAAGGAACUAGAUGAAUUAUUGGACUAUCAGAUCAACCUAAAGGAUGAAGUGGUCCACCAUCAAGCCAUUCCUGUACAAAUUGGAAAAGAGAUAGAGAAAACAACACGCAAAAAAGUAGAAAUGGAAAAGAAAAAAAUUGUCUUGGAACAUGAAGUGAAAGCGCUAAAUGAUUCCCUAAGGAAAGUUGAAACAAAAAUUAAUGCUAUCAUGGAAGAGAAAGAGGAUGUCAUUAAGGAAGUUGAAGGUAAACGAGCCUUACUUGAAAUUAAAGAACGAGAAUAUAACCAAUUGGUCAAAUUAUUGGAGUUAACCAGAGAGAAUGAAGCAAGUUCAUUAACUGAAAGAGGACUCUUGGACCUCAAUUUACGAAACUGUCUCAUCGAUAAACAGAACUACCAUGAUGAACUUUCUCGUAAGCAAAGAGAGAAAGAACGAGAUUAUCGAAAUUUGAAGAAGAUGGAGUUACUCUUGAGAGUGUCCUGGGAUGCACUCACACAAACUCAAGCCCUGCACGAAAGACUCAUGCUAGAGAUUGAUGCUUUCCCUAAAGAUGAUUCUGUUUUAUCUGAAAGAAGGAGAGAACUCCACAAGGAAGUUGAAGUAGCUAAAAGAAAUUUGUCCCAACAGAAAAGCCUCUCAGAAGCUGAGUCUAAGUUAGUAGAACAACAAAUUGCAGAAGAAAACAAGCUUUUAAAGGAGCAAGAAAAUGUGCGAGAUCUGGUAUUCAACCUUGUCCGUAUGACUCAAAUCAAAAUUGAUGAGAAAGAACAAAAAUCCAAGGAUUUCCUGAAAGCUCAGCAAAAAUAUACCAGUAUUGUUAAGGAAAUCAAAGCAAAGGAUCUUGAAAUCAGGAUACACAAGAAGAAAAAACGUGAAAUUCAUCGAAGACUCAGAGAGUUUGCUAAACUAUAUGACACUAUUCGAAAUGAAAGGAACAAAUUUGUUAACUUACUUCACAAAGCUUACCAGAAGGUAAAUGAAAUAAAAGAAAGGCAUAAGAUGUCAUUAAAUGAGUUGGAAAUUUUAAGAAAUAGUGCAGUUACUCAAGAAAGAAAACUCCAAAAUUCCAUGCUAAAACACGCCAACAAUGUCACCAUCAGAGAAAGCAUGCAAAAUGACGUGUGCAAAAUUGUUGCAAAGCUUCAGGAUAUGAAGGAGAAGAAGGAGAUCCAGCUUAGCAACAUUGACAGACUUGCCAGCAUGAUCACAAUGAUUGAAGAGGAGAUGGUGCAGCUACGCAAAAAAUACGAAAAAGCUGUUCAGGGUCGAAAUGAAAGUGGUGUUCAGCUGAUAGAGCGGGAAGAAGAAGUGUGCAUUUUUUAUGAAAAAAUAAACAUCCAAGAGAAGAUGAAGCUAAAUGGAGAAAUUGAAAUACAUGUCCUGGAAGAGAAGAUUCGAUUCCUGAAACUGAAGAUUGCUGAGAAGCAAAGACAGAUUCACGUGACCCAGAAACUGCUGCCCACCAAGCGGGCCCUCGAUGCCGAGCUCGCGGUGCUCCAGAUUCAGUUUUCACAGUGUACAGACAGAAUAAAAGAGCUGGAGAAAGAGUUUAUAAACCCUGAGGGUAAGAACAGAGCCCGCUUCCUUCCAGGGAAGGAUCUGACCGAAGAAGAAAUGAUCAAAAAAUUAGACGCGCUGGAACUACAGCUAGCCAAAGAGGAGGAGAAGUUACUGGAGAAGGAUUUCAUCUAUGAACAGGUUUCCCGGCUCACAGACAGGCUCUGCAGCAAAAGUGAGGCUGGCAAACAGGACACGCUGCUCUUGGCCAAGAAGAUGAAUGGCUACCAGAAGAAGAUUAAAGAUGCUACUAAAAAAAUGAUGGCUCUUGUUGCUGAGCUGUCCAUGAAACAAGCUUUGGCCAUUGAACUCCAAAAGGAAGUUAGAGAGAAAGAAGACUUUAUCCUUUCUUGCAAUUCCAGAAUAGAAAAGGGUCUCCCACUCCAUAGAGAUAUUGAGAGAGAAUGGCUGAAGGUACUUCGAGAUGAAGAAAUGUACGCACUGGCCAUUGCAGAGAAGUCUCGGGAGUUCUUGGAUACAGAUAAUCGCCAGCUGCCCAAUGGUGUUUACACCACUGCAGAGCUACGCCCAAAUGCCUACAUCCCAGAGGCAGAAGCCACUCUUCCCUUGCCAAAACCAUAUGGUGCUUUGGCUCCUUUUAAGCCCAGUGAACCCGGGGCCAAUAUGAGGCACAUAAGGAAACCUGUUAUAAAGCCAAUUGAAAUCUAGAAAUAAACCAAUCUAAGCUUCUCAAUGAGAGCCCCAGGCCAACUCAUAUUCACAACUGGAAUAUGCCACUCUAACAGUUCUAAAUUGCAAAUAUAGUGUCCAGCGUUAAUCAACCAGAGGACAACGUGGCUUCCUCUCACAGUCACCAAUCACCGUUUUACAAGAAGUUGAGUAGGUGGG